CGUAAACGUAGUCAAUUGUUGUGCGUUCGCUAUAAUAAUAAUCAUAGAUUAUAAUGAUUAAUAUUAUAAUAACACGAAUACCUACGUAAUAAUAUUAAUAAUAAUUGAAGUUGUGACUAUGAUCCGCAACCCGUGCAACAACCGUUAACUGGAUAAAAGCACCGAGUCAGUCUGUUGGCGACAAUAUUAUCGUCGUGUUGAGUAAAAGUGAUUUCGAGUUUUCCGAACACAAAUCAACGAAAAAGGCGUGAAAACUGUGCUACAGCGACAACCACGCAACAUUAUUGUACAGUUUUUCUCAAUUUUGCACUUGAACAUUCACCCUGAAGUUUACGAUGACGACAGAUCACGAAGAUUCUGAUGGCAAUUCGUCCGAUUCCAGUUACUCGAAGGUGGACUUUUACGAGGUUAUGAAUGAAGUGCCUGAAAUCUAUAAAAGCAAAGUAGAUGAACUGAACAAAAUAUUACAAAGUAAAAACCAAGAUAUAAAUCGUCUAAGAGAUUUAGCUAUUAGUGAUGGAGGAUUGGUGAUAAGCUUAGUACGUCUAGAAGCGUGGAAGCUGUUAUUGAACAUACCGAGCAAUGAUGAACAAUUAUAUCCUUUGGAAAUUAUUAAGGACCAUCCUGAAUACCAUCAAGUUGAUAUGGAUGUAAGGAGAUGUUUAAAAAGAUUUCCGCCUGGUAUAUCAUAUGAAAAAAUUGGUAUAUUACAAAAAGAAUUGAUAGCAAUUAUACUAAGUGUGAUUAAAGAAUAUCCAGAUCUAAAAUACUACCAAGGUUAUCAUGAUGUUGCUGUUACUUUUCUUAUAGAAGUUGGACAAAAAGAAGCAUAUAGAAUAAUGAAACAUUUAUCAUUACAUCAUCUAAAAGAAUUUCUAAAGCCAACUAUGGAGGAAACAUCAUAUCUAUUAUUACAUGUUUUUCCGUUAAUUAAAAAGCUUGAUCCAGAAUUAGAGGAAUUUAUUGAAAAGUCUGGUAUUGGUACAAUAUUUGCUCUUCCUUGGUUAAUAUCAUGGUUUAGUCAUAGCUUAGACCAACAUUCAAAAGUAGUAAGAUUAUUUGAUUUCUUUCUAGCAUCACCAAAAGAAAUCAUCUUGUAUGUUAUAGCCCAAUUAAUAAAUGCCAGACGUGAUGAAGUUUUAAAUACUGAAUGUGAUAUGGCAUGUGUUCACAUGGUCUUAUCUAAGAUUCCUGAAAGCCUAAAUUUUGAAAUAAUAUUGGAUAAAGCUACAAAAAUGUACAAAGAAUAUGAUCUUGCUAAUGUCAAACAAGAAGUUGACGCAAGAGUAAUACUAGAAGCUAAGUUAUUAAAUGAUCAGCGAGAAGAAAAUGCAAAGCGGAUAAAAAACAAGAAAUUUGCAGCUCAAGAACAGCCAGUAUUUAACAAAGCUUUCCGUUAUGUACCCAUAUGGAUCAGACCAAGAAUGAGAUUUGGCCUAUUAUUCUUCGGGUUUAGUUUAGCUGCCGGACUCUGGGCUGUUUUAAAAUCUAAUAAUAAUUAAAAAUAAAAAAUUGUUUCAUUCCAAUUAUUAUUUGUGCUAUACACAGGGGACCAAAUAGACUGAUAUCUUAAAUAUUAUAUUGAUAUAUAUAUAUAUUUAUUUGUUUUUAUUUUUUGAUAUUGGAGCAUUUCAAUUAAUUAAUUUUUUUUUUACACAUCCUUAUUUAUUUAGUUAACUUUGUUUAA